CGCUCCACUCCAUUCCAAUCCCCCCUCCCAACCCGACGCCUAAGAGACCCAGGCGCUCUUGCUUGGGCGGCCGCGAGGGAAGGCGAACCGGGCAGGCCGGGACGACGAUUCGGAACGAGAGAGCCGCCAUCGACCGCCGACCCCGCUCUCGGGCCACGCCACGGAAGGAGGAGGAGGAGGAGGAGGAGGAGGAGAUCUGGGGGGCGCCAUGGAGACUCUUACUCUAUACCAUCAUAUCGUCCUGCAAUACGUAAACCAGACAAGAAAUGUGGUGAAUGAAAAAUGCUCCGGGUUGGAACCAUGGCAAGUCAUCGCAUCAACAGCUGCUGCUACCUUGCUGAUUGUGAAGUUACACAUGUUUCUUUUCCAGUCAGAAAGUUUAACAUCACGAUUUAAAAAAUGGUUCUUCAGAUUUAUACGCAAGCUGCCCAUCAUUGGUCAUAUUAUCCAGCAACAGAUAAACAAGACUUUGGAUGAGAUGUCUGACAAACUGCCCUUUUUGCAAGACAAAAAUUACCUCAGGAGGCUGCCAGCAACAGGUCUCAGCCAUCCAGAAUUGUUGAAGAAGAUGAAAGAGUACAGCGCUUUGGGUAACGUACAUUGGGAAGACCGCAAAGUCUCUGGGACAGUGUACAGUGGAGAUGAGAAACUCGUUAAUCUGCUUGUUAAGGUUUAUGAGGAAUUUGCAUGGACUAAUCCACUUCAUCCAGAUGUAUUCCCAGGUGUGAGGAAGAUGGAAGCAGAGGUUGUGAGAAUGGCUUGCACGCUUUUUCAUGGUGGACCUAAAUCAUGUGGAACAAUGACAUCUGGAGGAACAGAGAGCAUCCUGCUGGCCUGUAAAGCCUACAGAGAUUUGGCUUUUGAAAAAGGGAUAAAAUAUCCAGAAAUGUUGGUGCCAGAAAGUGCCCAUGCAGCAUUUGACAAGGCUGCCCAUUAUUUCAGUGUUAAGAUUCUGCGUAUUCCGUUGACAGAAUCGAUGCAGGUGGAUGUGAAGGCAAUGAAGAAAGCAAUUACCAAGAAUACAGCCAUGUUGGUCUGCUCAGCCCCACAAUUUCCUCAUGGAAGUAUUGACUCCAUUGAGGAAGUAGCAAAGCUUGCCCUGAAAUACGAUAUUCCCUUCCAUGUGGAUGCCUGCCUGGGAGGCUUCCUCAUUGUCUUCAUGGAGAAGGCCGGAUUUCCUUUACAGGGGUGUUUUGAUUUCCGAGUGAAAGGGGUCACAAGCAUUUCUGCAGAUACGCAUAAGUACGGCUACGCUCCAAAGGGCUCCUCAGUGAUACUGUACAGCGAUGUGAAAUACCGACAGCACCAGUUCUUCAUUGCUCCUGAUUGGCAAGGAGGAAUUUACCCCUCGCCCACUAUUGCUGGUUCCAGACCUGGAUGCCUUAUUGCAGCUUGCUGGGCAACAAUGGUGCACUUAGGAGAACAAGGUUAUGUGGAAGCCACCAGGAAGAUCAUCUCAACUACACGGUUCAUCGUAUCUGAGUUGCAGAAAAUUGACCACAUCCGUAUCAUUGGCAAACCAGAGGUUUCUGUCUUUGCUUUCAAGUCUGAUUCAUUUGACAUUUACCGAUUGUCAACCCUGUUAAUAGCCAGAGGAUGGAAUCUUAAUAUUUUACAGUUCCCUCGAUGUAUUCAUUUUUGCGUAACGUUGCUACAAACAGAACCUGGGGUGGCUGAACAACUGGUGAAGGAUAUCAGAGAGUGUGUCUCUGAGAUCAUGAAGAAUCCAAAGGAAAAGACCACUGGCAUGAGUGCAAUCUAUGGUGUGGCACAAACCAUUCCUGACAGAAACUUGGUUUCAGAAAUUGUUGGUGGUUAUUUGGACAGCCUCUACAGCACAGGUGUGGAGUCCCCCUUGACUGAUACGCACAUGAAUGGUUCUCCAAGCCCCCACUGAUUUUUAGUCAUCUAUCUCAGUUGUUGGAUGAAGACACACUAAACAAUUCAAAGGAAAGGUAAUAUCACUUGGAAGCGUUUCUUCUGCAGUUACAGCUCACAAGGCAGUUUGAUCUGUUGGCAUAACAUUCCCCCUUAGGUGAAACACAGGUUCAACCCCCUAACUUAGAUUGGCUGUUCAGAUUUGUGAAACUUCAGGAAUACUCUCUCUCUCUCUCUCCUGUAACUUCUGAUAAUUAUUUGUAUUUCUAAUGAUGACUCACUGCUGCUUCUAGUUGUCCAAGAAACGGCAGGCUUAAAAGGGCAAUACAAGUCUGUUCCAUCUUUGUUCAUGCUCAGGUGUUUCGAAUUACUUCAGUGGAUAGAUACAGAUCUCUUGGUUGAUGUUCACACUGAGCAGUGAAUUCAACGAAAGGUUGCACAUCCUUCACAGAUGAUAGGAUAAAGUCAGGGUGACUGGUUCACUCUGUGGGAAUUUGCUCCUAAUGAGAGGAAAUGGAUCAAAGGAAAAAAGGGACACGUCCUUCUUUCCUUGUACCUUCGGGGUGCUUUUCUCUUUUCCCUAGAAUUUUUUUUUUUUGACUGUGACACCCUUCCCCCCACCUUUAGUCUUUGAGCCAUGGAGAUCUAUGAAGGUACUAAGGAUAAAACGGUUCUUCCACAUGUUUUGUCCUAUUUUCUGUGUUAAACUACAGUAGGACAAAGCAAAUUGCAUUUCUUUCAGUGUCACGGUUCGAGAAGUUCAGCUUCUUCAACUUGUGUGCGUUUCCUAGUUCUGCCACUUUGUUAAGCGCCUUUAUGGACUCAAAAGAGAACCAGUGACUCGGAAUGUAAUUAUUUGGAGGACUCAGUGCUCGUUUCUCACCCGCUGCACUGAUUUAUCAGACCCAUUCUCAAGAGAGCACACACAGAUUUGCCUUAAAUGCUGAGAGCAUCUCUACUCAAGAAGCCAAGCAGAUGUUCCAAUCAGCAGAUGAUCACCUCCAUUAUGGUACUACACUGAAAAUAACCUCAACCUCAGGUAUCAUAUAAUCCUCCUCUUCAGUGUUUCAUGACGUCUCAGUUCAGUCCACCUGUAGAUAGCACUUUGCAACUGUGAUUGGGAUACCUGUGGUCUAGACGCUUGACCUCUAAUCGGUUACAGUUCCUGCUUCUAUCCCAUUGUUUAGUUUGCUUCUAGAAGGAACUGUGGCUCCAGCGGGCCAAAUGGCAGGCAUAUUUAACUUUUUAUUCUAAGGCUUGAGGUGUAAAGCUAGUUUUACAGAGGUGAAUGGAGAAUAGUUCCAUUCCACCUUAAACUUCUUCUAUAGAUAAGUAGGUACUUCGCUAGAUCGAUCAAGGUCUCAUUACAUUCAGUCAGCAAUAGUUCUCUAGAAAAAAAAAGGAGCAUAGAAUCUAAUAUUUUAGUGGUAUAGACUCAUGUUGCUUUCAGUUAUUAUUGUACGAUCCUUUGUGACUUCAGGAGUUCAGGGUCUAUGUUAUGUGAAUCUUUGGAUUAAUCAUGUAUCUAUCUCUUCAAGGCUAUCUUUCUAUUUCAAUUUUGAAUGGAGUGAAUACAAAAUAAUUGGAUGGUUAAUUGCCUAAGUCAUGUAUGUGUAUCGACUAGCUUGAACAAAAACACAGAUACGGUUUCCAAAUUACAUUAAGAAAGGAAAACUCGAUUGCAUCCCUCGUACCUAUGUAAUUUAAGGAACUGUUUUCAUUAAUGUUCUAGAACAGAAUGUUAAUUUGUAAGAUCUUAAUUUCAGUUUAAUCCUGAUACAUGUUCAAAACUGCUUUGUUUCAAUACUUAACCCAUGUAUACUUUGUCAUGCAUCUUUUACAUGUUUUGGGGUUUAAAAUAAACGUUAUUUUCUUCCUCAACUUCCAAGUUUAAAAUACUGGAAGGUAGCUUU